CUCGCCAGGUGGGCUCCGCCCCCUACCAGAGGGGCAACCUUCAGCAGCUCCCUCAAGGCGGUGGCCGCCAUUGGCUCCAGCUUUCACCGAGCAUUCGGGUGUCUGGCGCGGUUCUGAACGGUGGGGAGUCGCUGUGUGUUACUGGAGGCAAAGAGUGGAGUGAGGAGUGUUCUGAACUGUGAGCAUAGGAAUCAGGGUCCUCACACCAAAGGUCCGAGAAAGGAUCUUCCCGACGACUUCGGCCAGAACCCUAGCGCGACCCCUCUGCGCGCGUCCGCACCUGAACGCGAGGCGCUCAAGUGCGCGUGCGCGGCAAGGGGCUUCCCGCACCUGAUCGCGAGACCCCGACAGCAGGCUGCUAGAGGCCUCACCUGCGCGGCCGGGAGGAGCCCGUCAUGGCGCAGCUGUGUGGGCCGAGGCGGGGCCGAGCGCUCCUCGCUCUGUUGGCGUCGCUGCUCCUCAUAGGCGCCGAGGCGGCGGAUGGAGAACCCGACAUCCACGACUUUUGCCAAGUUCCGAAGGUAGUGGGAAGGUGCCGGGCCUCCUUCCGCAGAUGGUGGUACAACGCCACGGAUGGGUCCUGUCAGCAGUUCGUGUAUGGAGGCUGCGGUGGGAAUGACAAUAACUACCUGACCAAGGAGGACUGUCUUGAGAAAUGUGCUGGUUUCACAGUUCCCAGAAGGCGGGAUUUUGAUGACCCUUCCAGCGAUAUUUUCGACUACGAAGAACACUGCACUGCCAAGGCGGUCACGGGGCCUUGCCGCGCAUCCUUCCUGCGUUGGUACUUUGACGCCGAGAAGAACUCCUGCGAUGACUUUAUCUAUGGAGGGUGCCAGGGCAAUAAGAACAACUACCUCUCCAAGGAGGCGUGCAUGAGCCGCUGCUUUGGCAAGCAGUUGUACCCCGUCCUUCCCCGAAGCACUAAAGUGGUGGUCCUGACAGGGCUGUUCGUGAUGGUCCUGAUCGUCCUGCUGGGAGCCUCUGUAGUCUGCCUGAUCCGGACGGCGCGGAGGAACGAGGAGCGCGCCCUCCAGGCUCUCUGGAGUUCCGAGGAUGAUAAGGAGCACCUGGUGAAGAACACGAUUGUGCUGUGAACACCUCGUCCCCGGGAGGUCACCCUUCUUCAGGAUUCAGGAUGCACUGUCCAUGAAGAGAACCUGGGGAGGGAGGGGGAGAGAACUAUAGAAUGUGUGUGUGCUUUUCGAAAUAGAGUGAUUGAUUUGUAUUUUUGUGAUUACUAGGGCUUUUUGUCUGGUACUUCAGAAGCUAAGAGGGCUGCUUCCUGGUUCCUCUGGGGCAGGUUCACUUCGGAAACCCUCUAAUGGUUCCCAUGUGGACCAGCCCGGCCCCAGGCCAGAAGUCAGUUCCUCUUUGAUUCUUUACUCCAGUUUAGUUUUGUGUUCUAUCUAAACUCCAGAUAUUUUUUUUGUUCAUGUUGAAGCCUUUUUGCCUCCUUUUCCAUCACAAAAAUAAUGUUUUAAUAGUUUCCUUGGUUGAUUUAUGGGUUUUUUCAUUUUUAAAUAAGCAGAAACAAAUUUUUUUUUUAAAUUAGGAUUCUGAAGAGAGUAAAAUGUACAGAUUUAAUAAAAAGGAUCUUCCCUUUUAAAAUAAAUUUCAGCAUGCGCUUUCUUUAUAUGA